GCCGCGCCGCCCACGGGAGGAUGCAGAAGUAGCGGCGCCGGCUCCGCCGCCCGCCCGCGGGUUUGACUGAUGUGUGUCAAAAAUGGAAGUUUAUUUUUAUUUGAGAUUAUUAUCAAAAAUGGGGGAAAAUAAAAGGAUGAAGAAUAGUUCAAAGUUUCAAUGGCUGUCAUCUGUUAUUUUUUUAUAUUUAGUGAACCAAGCACAUGGCCAGAAAAGAGGGGUUCCUCAUGAUUUAAAAUGUAUAACCCAUAACUUAAAGGAAUGGGACUGUUCCUGGGAAGCCUCCUCUAGAAUAAACCAUGGUACUACUUAUGAAAUUUGUAUUAUAAACAGUUCUUAUCCAUGUAUUCAGACAGAGAAAACACGUUUUGAGAUUCCAGCUCUUUCACUUGCUGAUCACGAAAUAAAAAUAAGUUCCAUGCAUGCUUCUGGGAAUUCUGUUACUAAAUUUAUCCUAAAUGAAAGAAGUGUUUCCUUAGUUCCAGCCAUGUUACAGAUUUUUAAUUUGACGGCUGAUUUUUCAACCUCUACAUUGCACCUAAAGUGGAAUGACAAUGGCUCUGUUUUGCCCCGUCACUCAAAUGUCACCUGGGAAAUUGUUGUUCUAUAUAAAGAAGACAUGGAAGUUGCAACAAUAGCAACACUUAACACAACUCUGAUUGGUAAGGAUUCACUCCAUCACUGGAGUUGGACCUCACAUAUACCUUUGGAAUGUACUCCACAUUAUGUGAAAAUUAGAUGUUACAUUGAUGAACUUCAUUUUUCUGGUCAAAAAGAGUGGAGUGAAUGGAGUCCACUUAGAAAUAUUUCAGGACCUCCCAUAAAAGAAAAUUAUGAGGUUUUUCCUCAAGACAAAGUAGUACCAGUAGGUUCAAAUAUGACGUUUUGUUGUGUUGUUGAGGAACCUGUCUUAACUGCACAAUUUGGAAGUGAAAGAUGUUCUCUUAUUCGCCUUGAUAAUAAAAGUGUUGCAAUCGAGAUCAACAAUAUUGCUGUUUCUCCAAGUAGUGGAACAAAUGUGGUUUUUACAACAAAGUCAUAUAUGUAUGGAACAGUUGUAUUUGCAGGAUAUCCACCUGAUAUCCCUAGAAAGCUGAACUGUGAAACACGGGAUUUGAAAGAAAUUAUAUGUAGUUGGAAUCCAGGAAGACCAACUGGGUUGGUUGGCCCUCGUGAUACAAAUUAUAUACUGUAUGAAAGAUUUUCUGGAAGAAAUGUUACAUACAGUAGAGAUGAAGAACACAUGAAUGAAAACCAUCAGUUAAUCUUUCAGAUGAUAGCUGGUCAGGAAAUAUAUAAUUUCACCUUGAAAGCUAGCAAUCCUGUGGGUAGAUCUGAAGCAGUAAUUUUAGUUGAUAUAACUCAAAGAGUUUAUCCUCAUACUCCUUCAAAACUCAUUGUGAGUGACAUUGAUCCAACUGCCAUUAUUCUCCAUUGGCACUUAUCUGGCAACUUCGCAAAUAUUAAUCUUUUAUGUGAAAUUGAAAUUAAUACACCUUAUUCAGGGCAAGAAUUGCGGAACAUCACUGUUAAAGGAUUAGAAACCUCUAGUUAUCGUGUUUCUGUGGACAAAUUGAUGCCAUAUACUAUGUACACUUUCCGGAUUCGUUGUUCUUCUGAGAACUUUUGGAAAUGGAGCAAAUGGAGUAAUGAAAAGCAAUACUUAACCAUGGAAGGAAUUCCUUCAAAAGGACCAGAUAUCUGGAGAGAGUGGAGUGCUGAUGGUAAAAGUGUAAUAAUAUACUGGAAGCCCUUAUCUAUUAAUGAAGCUAAUGGAAAAAUACUUUCCUAUGAUAUAUCAUAUUGGUCAGAAGAAGAAAAACAGUACCUUCCUGAGAUUCCUGAUCCACAGCACAGAGCAGAAAUACAACUUGACAGAAAUGAUUACAAUGAUUACAUCAUUAGUGUUGUAGCCAGAAAUUCAGCUGGAUCAUCUCCACCUUCUAAGAUAACUAGUAUGGAAAUCCCAAAUGAAGACCUCAAAGUAGAGCAGAUUGUUGGAGUAGGAAAUGGCAUAUUAUUUCACUGGAAUUAUGAUCCCAACAUGACUUGUGACUAUGUUAUAAAAUGGUGUAAUUCAACUCAAUCUGAACCCUGCCUCAUUGACUGGAAAAAAUUCCCUGCAAAUAGUACUGGAGCACUCAUAGAAUAUGAUAAUUUUCGAUCUGGAACACGCUAUAAUUUUUUCCUCUAUGGCUGCAAAAAUCAGAAAUAUCAAUUACUGCGUUCAGUAGUUGGAUAUACAGAAGAGCUUGCUCCAAGCGUUGCACCAAAUUUUACUGUGGAAGACACCUCUGCAGAUUCAAUAUUAGUAAAAUGGGAAGAUAUUCCUGUUGAAGACCUUAGGGGAUUUUUAAGAGGAUAUUUAUUUUACUUUGAAAAAGGGGAGAAAGGCACUUCUAAAAUCCAGGGUUUGGAAUCAGGACGUUCUGAUGUAAAAGUUAAGAAUAUUACUGACAUAACACAGAAAACAUUAAGAAUUGUCGAUCUUCAAGGAAAAACGGGCUACCAUCUGCUCUUGCAGGCUUACACAGAUGGUGGAAUAGGUCCAGGAAAGGCUAUGUAUGUGGUUACAAAGGAAAAUUCUGAGGGAUUAAUUAUUGCCAUUCUUAUCCCUGUGGCAGUAGCUGUCUUUGUUGGAGUGGUAACCAGUAUUCUUUGUUAUCGUAAAAGAGAAUGGAUUAAAGAAACUUUCUAUCCUGAUAUUCCAAAUCCAGAAAAUAGUAAGGCAUUGCAGUUCCAUAAAAGCAUCUGUGAGGGAAGCAGUACUCUGAAAACGCUGGAAAUGAAUCCUUGCACUCCUAAUAAUGUGGAAGUGGUGGAAACGAGAUCAGCAGCUCCUAAGAUAGAGGAGGAUACUGAGAUCAAAUCCCCAGUUGCUGAUGGUCCUGAAGAAGGGUCUGAUGCUGAGCCUGAAAACCAUGUGGUUGUCUCCUACUGUCCACCAAUCAUUGAGGAGGAGAUAGCAAGUGCUGGAGGGGAGGAAGCUGGAGGCUCUUCACAAGUCAUUUACAUUGAUAUUCAAUCAAUGUAUCAACCUCAGGCAAAACCAGAGGAAGAACUAGAAAACAACUCUGUGGGUGGAGCAGGCUAUAAGCCACAAAUGCACCUGCCAGUUACUUCUGCCGUCGAGGACAUGAUUGCAGCCGAUGGCUUAGAGAAAGCUGCAGGUUACAGACCUCAGACACACGUCACUGCCUGGACCUUGGACUCUCCAGAUUCUCCUCGGUCCAUAGACAGCAACAGUGAAACUGUGUCCUUUGGAAGCCCGUGUUCAGUUAAUUCUCGGCAGUUCUUGAUUCCCCCAAAGGAUGAAGAAUCGCCGAAAUCUUCUAACGGAGGGUGGUCAUUUACACAUUUUUUUCAGAACAAACCGAAUGAUUAGCAAUAGUGGUCGUGUGGCAUCAGUCUACCAUCUCAAUAAGCUCUGACUCUGGGCUUGUAAUAACAGCAGCACUGGUUAUUCUAGGAGCCUCCAGCGGAGUGUAUUUUUAGUGAGAUGAACUUUACCACAUGUAAGUUACACUGAAAGUGUUAAUGUUGUUUUACUGUAGUCUAAAAGCCAAAGUCUAGCAACUCAGUAAUUUGAUUCAUGUGAUCCGAGAUACUGGAUUUGAAUCUAUUUGUGAUUCCAGCCAAAGAAGCCUCACUUACUCUACUGUCAAGUAGUAUUGUCAAAUUAAUUAUUGCUUAAUAUUUUAGAAGAUACCCAAACUUUUUACAUUCAUUCACUAAUCACUUCUUGUUAUAGAUACAUUAUUGAAUCCCAACCAGAGUGUUUGAAAUUGCAGGCAGGGGGGAAAAAACGUGCAGAUAUUCAGAUUAACAGAGAAUUAUUUGACUGAAAUUUGUUCAAAUCUAGAUAAAAGCAAAGCACAGAUCAAGUAACGUGAGACCAUUUUUUUCUGUAAUUAACAUGCUUUUAAAAUGUAGCAGCAGCUAUUUUAGUUUCUUGUUUGAUAACUAGGUCUCUGUGCCUACUAUAUAAUGGUUAUCAAAUUGUUGACUCAGGGGCACAAACUUGGAAAAUGAGUAUAACACUGAUUUAUGCCACAUUUCUGAAUAUGGCUUUUGCAGGUUCUUUUCCCCAUUAAUUUUUAAUUCUUACUUGUAAUAGGGCACCCUAAUGUGCAUGCUUUAGUAAUUUGCAGUACUCGGACUGCAUAUCUUAGACAUUAUGUACAAACAAACCCAAACUCUUGCCGUUUAUUUCGUGAAAGUGCCAGUUUUAUGAAUGUGUGAACAAAGCACACACUUAAAUAUAAUGCUUUAGCAUUAAUUGCACUAAUUUUCCAUUUGAGACUAUUCUUAUCAGCAAGAUCUAGCCAAACCAAUCUCUGCCACUGGUAGUAACAAUUGGCAUUAGUUCUCCAUGAAGAAAUGAUUUUAUGAAUUUUCUCUUUAAAUAGUGAGCCACAAAAUAAUGCUAUUUCCUAAUUGUAGUCUAAUAGUUAUUUUUCUUUAAUAGAUCAUCAAGUACCACCUCCUUAGUGGAAUACUUACUGUUUUUGAUGAAAUUAAAGAACUGAUUUUUUUUUUUUUUGCUUUAAAAUAAUCACUUGGUGGCUGUUUUAUAGUAAAUAUGAUGAAAGCCUUCAAAUUCAAACUCAAUUUGAAUUAAUUCUAUUAAGCAUCACAGAAGUAAACAGUUGUUUUUAUCACAUACUAAAAGCUUGAGUGCCCUUAUAAAGAAUCAUUUUAACCUCCAAGUUUUUCAGAAACAACUGCUUUUCAGGGAAAUGACUUCUAGAAAAGUUUCAUGUCAAACUACAAAUUGCAAAGUGUUUUUUAUUCUGGCUUCAAGACCUGUGUGUAUUUUGCCUUUUAAUAGUUAAGUUACAAAUACUUAAAAUACUCUGAUAUCUGAAUAAGUCAAGGCAUUUUAUUUUCGUUUUUAUUUGUUUACUUACAAAGAAACAUUCUGUUUGUACACUUGGACCCUUGACUGAAGUGUCCUAGUGUAUCUUGUAGAAAGUGCUAAGACAAUUAGGAGCAAAUUUCAUUUAGAGAUCAUGUUUUUAAACCCUCGUUUUAACCGAUUGGUUUAGCUAGAGUAAGAUAUACUAAGAAUAUUUGUAGCAUAUUCGAACUUUGACCACAUGUGUUUGUCAAUCCCCAGGGCCAUCCCUAAACAGAAUUGUGAAGUAGGUGAUGCUUCCUUUGGUGUCUUUUUAGCUUUCUCUCUCUCUCUCUCUCAAUCCCUCUCUUCCUCUUUCCUCCACUUUUUAGCUUUCUCUCUCUCUUUGUGAAGCCCUCUCUUCCUCUUUCCUGCACUCUGCCUUACUCCCCAUGAAGUUUCUAAACUCUUUACACUUCAUCAUGUAAGUCCUGCUGUCCCUGGCAGGCACCCAGUGACUCUGCCACAGCUACCUAACUGUCUCUCGCCAUGAUACCCACUCUGACAAUUACAUAGCCUACAAUGCAGUUUAUGUUCACAGGGCCAAGCUAUCGAUGUUUCAAGGUGAUAGUGAACUAAUCGGAGCUAAUUGGGGGGAAAGUACAUCCCCAAAUUUUUCCCUAUCUUUAAAGUAACAGAAGUGCAUUGUAGCAGUGUUCACCUGGAGACAUUGUCCUGUCUUCCUUGUUCUAACCAAAGAAGUGAUGCUAAAGCUGAAAUUUUUAGGCCAGGUAAGAAGUAUUAUAGCAAGAUAUUAGAAGAAUUUGGGGCAGGUCAGACUUUAAGCAAUUGAUUAAGUCAAACUGGUAGAUGAUUCCAUACUACCUUUUCAUAAAGUCAAUUCACAUUAGAAAAUUUUAACUGUAAUAUGUUUAUGCCCAUGUUGAUUGAAUAGUACCAUACUUUGAAACAUAUUUAAAGCAUUAGAACAUUUCUGGAAUUUUAACCCAAAUUUUACAUUUUCAAACAAAUCUCCUUUGCCUACCAGGGACAAACAACCUAUUAGCAAUAGUUAGAAUUUAUAUAGCACUUUCAUGUUUGUAAAACACUUUAUAAAUAUUAUUUCAUUUAAUAUUUGCAACAAC